AUGGAAGAAGCAGACGCUCCAGCAACUCCGGAUAAGCGCCGUCAUUUCCAUCACCACCAUCGCCGACGCAUACAAGGCGAACCGAUCGAACAGAUAGAAGGAGAUAGGGCAGCUGAGCCUGAGAGGCGGCCAAAGAAAGAAAAACGAGUCUGCCGGUCAUCUCUGCUAGUACAUACAGGACAUCGUAAUCAUCGAUAUCAUCCAGAUGCUGGAGCCAGUAGAUCUGGCGGGAAUACUAGCCAUCCAGCUCAGAAUACCAAGCAAAGUUUGGGCAGAAUUGAUAACCAUCCCUUGAAUGCUCGUGCCUCUACAAGAGUCCGCCCUCUUCCUGAGGAGAAGGAGAGAGCGCACCCUACUAAAACCCCUGGCCAAAAGCCAACUGCUAGUCCCAUAAAUGAUGACAGAAGAAGCAGUCCGUCGCCGUUAUUGAUAAGAAUGUUCAAUCCUAGGAUUGUCUUGCCACCAGAGAGACAAGUGACAUGUGUUGUUUGCAUGUCUGAUGAUAUUACUGCCUCUAAAACAGCAAAGCUUGCCUGCUCACAUAGAAUAUGCCACGGAUGUCUAAGGCGGGCAUUCACCCUUUCCAUCACAGACCCACAGCAUAUGCCUCCGCGGUGCUGCACGUCAGAUCACAUACCCCUGAAACAUGUUGAAAACUUAUUCGACCUCAAGUUCAAGUUGAAGUGGAACCAGAAGUUUAGGGAAUAUACCACUAAGAACCGGAUAUACUGUCCAUCAAAGGGCUGUGAGAAAUGGAUACCCCCAGCAAAUAUAUAUAGAGCUACAGGCUCCCGUGGUGCCAGUAGGCGUAGAUACGGAGUCUGCAGUCGCUGUAAAAUAAUGGUCUGCUGUACCUGUGGUGAGAAAUGGCAUAAAGAUGAAGACUGCCCGCAGGACGAAGGGUCUAUCCAAUUUGCCGAGAUUGCGGAACAAGAAGGCUGGAGACGCUGUUAUAACUGCUCUGCGAUGGUAGAGUUGAAGGAAGGUUGCAACCACAUCACUUGUCGAUGCACAGCGCAGUUCUGUAUUGUCUGUGGGUUAAAGUGGAAGACUUGUGAUUGUCCGUGGUUCAACUAUGUGGAUAUACCAGACAAUGCAGUGCCACCCGGCGGAGCUGUUGAUAUUAGAGAUCCAGUUUGCUAUCAGGAAGAGAUUGAUAGAAGGCGGGAGCAAGAAGCAGACGAUGAAGCUUUAGCUAUUCAGCUUCAGUAUGCACUCGCUCUUGGAAUGGAUCCUAACCUGGAUAGCUCAUGA